AUGACGCAUUCUUGUUCUUGUGAAAAACGGCCUAAAAUAACAAAAGUAGUUAAACAGGAAAAGCGGAGAGUGGAAACGCGCGCGCGGGGUUCACGAGCACCAGCGCAUGCGCGCUCACUAGCCUUGGCGCCGGCGCGAGACUCACAAACCGACUUUCUCUGGCCAUUUGGUUCUGAAGGCAAAAUACAUAAGAACUUAAAUCUUCCUUGCAUACUGAAGAUCAUGGCGAGAAGAAGGGGAUGCCAGCAAGCUAGAUCUGUGAAUGGAAACACACACAAGAUAGCAAGAGUAAAGAAAGAAUGCAACAAGAGAAGAAAAUCAACAAAAAAGUUUAAUGACUCUCAGAAUGUAGGGAAGCAGAUUGAUCGGAGCAGUGUCAAUGAUGUUGUUUCUGACUCGUCUGAUCAAGCUCCAGAUCCACAGCCAUCUCCUCUCCCUACACUCAGUUGGUGCAGCUCAGAGGACGUCUGGAGGAAAAUGCUGAGCAAAGAGAUAAAAUACAAACACAGCAAGAGCAGUUUAGACAGACACCCGUCGCUGCGACCCAAAAUGAGGGCUAUGCUGCUCGACUGGCUUAUGGAGGUGUGUGAAUCAUACACACUUCACAGACAAACCUUCUACCUGGCUCAGGACUUCUUUGACAGGUAUAUGUUGUUCCAAAGAGAUGUGCAGAAGGAUCAACUGCAGCUUAUAGGAAUCACGGCUCUGUUCAUCUCCUCCAAAAUAGAGGAAAUAUAUCCUCCAAAAAUCACUGAGUUGGCAUAUGUGUCUGACGGAGCCUGUCUGGAGGAGGAGAUCCUGCAGAUGGAGCUGAUCAUGUUAAAGGUGUUGAACUGGGAUCUUUGUCCAGAGACUGUGCUUUCAUGGAUGAAGCUUUACAUUCAGAUUGCAUCAGUGUACGAUGUCACCAACCUAUUAGUACCUCAGUUUUCUCAGGAAACCUACAUUCAGAUCACACAGCUCUUAGAUUUGUGCAUCCUUGAUAUCAACUCAUUGGACUUUAAAUAUGCAGUCUUAGCAGCGGCUGCUUUUUGCCACUUUAUGUCAGCUGAUGUUGUCCAAAAAGUAUCGGGACUGAAGUGGGAGGCCAUUGAGACUUGUGUGAACUGGAUGGCUCCUUUCGUGGAGACCAUGACGUGUUACGAGAGAGCACAGCUGAGAGAAUUUGGACAGGUGCCGUCUGAAGACAGACACAACAUUCAGACACAUGUGGACUACCUAUGCAUGCUGAACGAGGCUCAGGAGAAGCAGUCAAAAAGCCUGGAACCCUUGUUCCCACUGACACCACCUAGCAGCACAGAGAAACCCAGCUAACACUAGUGUUUAGGCAGCAGGAAUAGUGUACUAUGAUUUAUACUGUCCCUCUACUUCCAGACUUCAUCUCUAGAAUUCAGGUCAUUAAAUGUAUUAUGUACUGGGAUUAAAGUGCUAUUUAAAUAAAAUGGACCUAAGGAAACUGCAGUUUUAUAUUUCUGAACUUAGGUUUUCCCAGUGUUCAUUAUGGUCCUCAUACUUACUAAAAUAUUGUGCAAAAAUAAGAGCAGGCCUCAGAAUGGCUAGUGUACUAUUUUUUGUAUAUUUUCUAUUUUUAAUAUUUUUCAAAUGACUUUAAAUGUGAUUCAUUAGUUUCUUCAUAUUUCCUUUUAACCCAGUGUUCUAUAUUAAACGGCAUAAUUUAAGCAUACUGUUUAUUUGUAUAU